UUUUAGGCUUCUGGUCUCUCUGUAUCUCUGUGCUUCUCUCACUCCCACAAACUUUGUUCAGUCUCCGUAAAGAUCAAAGCUUUGGAUCUGAAAAAAGUUAAAAACCCAGAAAUCUCUUCUUAAAACAAGAUCUGGGUGUUUUAUGUCAUUCAGUCUGGUAAAGUGCUGUUUCUAGCUAUUCAAUAAGGCAAAAUGGCGGAUGCUGAAAACUCUCUUCUAGGAGAAACCACUUGUGGUUCUUUAUUGCAGAAACUGCAGGAAAUUUGGGAUGAAGUGGGUGAAAGUGAUGAAGAGAGAGACAAGAUGCUUCUUCAGAUAGAACAAGAGUGCUUGGAUGUGUACAAGAGGAAGGUUGAGCAAGCUGCAAAUUCGAGAGCACAACUUCUUCAGGUCUUAUCCGAUGCCAAACUCGAGCUUUCAACACUUGUAUCAGCUCUUGGAGACAAAAGUUCUGUUGGCAUUCCAGAGAAGGGAUCCGAAACAAUCAAGGAACAACUUGCUGCUAUAGCACCAGCACUUGAACAGCUAUGGAAACAAAAGGAGGAGAGAGUUAAGGAGUUUUCCGAUGUACGGUCUCAGAUUCAGAAGAUAUGUGGGGAAAUUGCUGGAAAUGCCAGUGAACAGACAGGUGCUCUUGCGGUGGAUGAUUCCGAUUUGUCCUUGAAGAAGUUGGAUGAGUAUCAAGUAAAACUGAAAGAACUUCAAAAAGAGAAGAGUGAUAGACUUAGUAAAGUCCUUGAAUAUGUCAGCACUGUACAUGAUCUCUGUGCUGUCCUCGGAAUGGAUUUCUUUAGUACUAUAACUGAAGUUCAUCCAAGCUUAGGUGACUCUACUGGUGUGCAGUCAAAAAGCAUUAGCAAUGAUACACUAUCGAGGUUGGCCAAGACGGUUUCAGCUCUAAAUGAAGAUAAGAAGCAGAGGCUUCAUAAGCUUCAAGAGUUAGCUACUCAGCUCAUUGAUCUUUGGAAUCUGAUGGACACCCCCGAAGAAGGAAGAAGAUUAUUCAAUCAUGUUACCUGCAACACUUCUGCAUUGGUUGAUAAAGUGACUGGUCCUGGUGCUCUUGCUCUAGAUCUGAUUGAGCAGGCGGAGGUGGAAGUUGAUAGGCUCGAUAAGCUAAAGUCAAGCAGAAUGAAGGAGAUAGCUUUGAAAAGACAAGUGGAGCUUGAGAAGAUAUUUGCCUCGGUUCAUAUAGAGAUAGAUCCGGAAGCUGCUAGGGAGAAAAUUAUGGCUCUGAUUGAUUCUGGUAAUGUUGAGCCUACUGAAUUACUAGCUGACAUGGAUAAUCAGAUAAUGAAAGCAAAAGAAGAAGCCCUUAGUCGAAAAGAAAUAUUGGACCGGGUUGAAAAGUGGAUGUCAGCUUGUGAAGAAGAAAGUUGGCUUGAAGACUACAAUCGGGAUGAGAAUCGGUACAAUGCAAGUAGGGGUGCACACUUAAAUCUCAAGCGUGCUGAGAAAGCUCGGAUUCUGGUCAACAAAAUUCCUGGUAUGGUUGACACUUUGGUUGCCAAAACUCGAGCUUGGGAAGAAGAUCGUGGCAUAUCGUUUAUGUAUGAUGGUGUUCCCCUUCUUGCCAUGCUAGAUGAAUACGCAAUGUUGAGGCAAGAACGAGAAGAAGAAAAGAGGAGGCUUAGGGGUCAGAAAAAGGUCGGUGAGCAGCAAAACAUGGAGCAAGAAACCGCCUUUGGUUCAAGGCUAAGCCCUGCUCGGUCAUCUGGUCCAAAGAAGGUGGUGGGGCCUCGAGCAAAUGGAGGAGCCAACGGAACCCCGAGCAGGAGGUUGUCUCUAAACGCUAAUCAAAAUAGCAGCAGAUCUGCGGGAAAAGACGGGAAGAGAGACAGUAUGAAGUUGGCGGCUCCAGCCAACAUCGUUACGGUUUCAAAAGACGACGCUGCCUCCCACGUUUCGAGAACAGAUUCAGUUCCGGCAUCACCAUGAGAGAUUUAACAUCCCCUUUUGUCUUGUUAUUACCAGAUUGUUUAUUUAGUGUAUUGGUUUGAAUCCAAGAGCUGUUGUUUGUAAGGGAUAUAGUUAGUGACUGGAUGGUAUACUAUAUACUGUUAUAUUAGCUUAAUAAUGUGAUAUAAAUAUUUAGCA